AUGAAUGUUCAAGAUAGAAGACGAUUAUUGGGUCCAGCAAACGCAAAGCCAUUAACUUUCAACACACUCACUACAUCUAAUGAAUCAGAUGAACUGAAAAAAACUGUUCUGAAAAAUGAAGCGUUAGAGGUUGCUCUACAUACUGGCUUUGUUUCAAACUCGAAUGGAUCCUCUUUAGUUGAAGUUAAGGAUGUCGCUAAUUCACAUCAUGAAACUUCUCUUAUUACUUCUGUCUAUGGCCCUAGAGCUAUCAGAGGUUCAUUCACAUCUCAAGCUUCUUUAAAUAUUCAACUGAAGAAUGGUUCACUAGAGAAAUAUUCAUCAUCACAAUUAAAAGAAGUCGGCAAUUUUUUAACAAAUAUAUUUAAAUCAGUAAUAAAUUUACCUAGGUACGCAAAAUCUGGUAUCGAUAUCUUCAUUUACCUAAUAUACGAUAAGGAAAUCCAAUCCAAUGAAAAAUCAGAUAGUACAAACUCGAUUACUUCUAUAUUACCACAUUGUAUUACGGGUAUUACUCUAGCACUUGUUGAUGCUGGUAUUGAAAUAAUAGAUAUGGCUGCUGGUGGAAUAUAUAAAGGGAAUGUAUUUGCUUUCAUUAAAUCUGGUGAGGAAAUUAUUGGAUUCUGGAAAGAUGAAGGCAACAGGGAAGAUAUCAUGAAUUCUAUAGAUAAUUGCAAGAAACAAUACGACGAAUAUAAAAAUAUGAUGUUAACUUAUCUAGUAGAUAAGGAAAACUGUAAAGCCAAUUAA